AUGACGUUCGGUUCGCUCCGGUCUUCUUCCUCGAAUAACAACGCAGCGACAUAUGAGCCCAAGCCAUCUGUUAUCCCAGAGGGCCCAGUCGAUAAGAAUUGCGCGGAACACCGACCCGUUCUGAUUGGUACUCUCCGCCUCCAGGCUCUGAGAGGCAUCUUCCCCAAGGGCACUCCAUUCAAGUAUCUCAUGGGUCUAUUUGGUAGUAAGCCCUCCCUUCCCAGUCCCACUGAGCAUUGGGCUGUCGUGGUUGGAGGGUACUAUCAUGAGCUCGUCAUCAAAACGGGCAACGCCGUUGGUUACGAGAAUGGAGAGGCGAAGAACCUUGACGAACUGAGGAAGCAGAACUGGCAAUUCUACGAGAUCGAUGGUAUCACAGCUUUCAAUGACGCUGCAAUUUAUGAAGCUGCCAAAGAAUCCAUCGAGAUGAUGCCACAGCCUUACGACCUCUGGAAGAACAACUGCCAGACAUUCGUCAUCAAUCUUCUCAACAAGAUUUGUUUGCCUGGACGAAAGCUAGUCUUGACGUCUCAGGGCAACCGCGAAGAACACGGCGUCGACGAUUACUCGGCAUCUGACGAAGCAGAGAAACUCAUGGACGACAAGACGCAACAUAUUCGUACAGCGAAGGAGCUCGCCAAGUUAUUGAACUACUACGAACCUGGAACGGUUGUCGACAUGGAGGACACGGCAGGGGAAGAUGGCUCUGCGUGA